AUGAAUGAUCAAUUUGAUAGUGAUGAUGAAAACGAAUUGAAUAAGAAAAAGUUUGGAGAUGCACACGAUGAUGAAGAUGACAACUUUGAUGAAGAUGGCGAUCCAACAGAGAAUAUCGAUUACUAUGCAGUGUUGAAUGUACCACGUGAUGCAUCGGCAUCGGAUAUUCAGAAUGCCUAUAGGAAGCUGGCGAUGACCUAUCAUCCCGACAAACAUCAGUCCGAGGAGUUGCGACAGCUCUCACAGCACAAGUUUGCUAUGAUCAAGCGUGCCAAGGAGGUGUUGUCCGACGAGAAAGAGCGUGCCAUCUACGACAACUACGGUGUUGCCGGCUUGGAGAAUGCACAGUCGAUCAUCAAGUCGACGACGAGCGUGGAGAGUCUGCUCGCAAAGUUUGCACGUGCCAACGAAGCAAUGAAGGAAGAAAGACUGCUGAAUUUCUUUAAUGGACAUGGAUACCAAGCAAUGUCAGUGGCAAUCGUGCCAGAGUACAACUCUUGUUUCAUCAAGAAGAUCAGCACCACACAGAGUUUCAAAAUCAACAGCUCGAAAUUGGGAACAUUGGAAGUCUCACCAACCGUAAUCAAGCGACGUUAUGACUCAAAUUUCGAAUGUAGAGCGACACACAAAAAGGUGAUGUUCAAUAGAGUCCAAAUGAUUACUUCACUUCACUACAGUGAGACACUUCCAAUUUUAUCAUCAAUAGGAUUUAAAGGUAUAAUUGGACAUAAUAUUCGUGCACAUAUAGCAUCAACACAAGCAAUUACAUAUUUGAAACCAUUGGAUAUUUCAGGUUCAUUAUCAAAGAGUUUAAGUCCAACGACAGAAGCAAGAAUAUCAGCACAUGCAUCACCAAUAGCAGGUCAAAUAGGUUUCAGUAUUAGCAGAAAUAUAGAGAAUCGUAUUUUAGGAUGCGAUGUUAUGGUUGCCAGUCAUUCUGGUGUUACAGCGAGUAUCAGUAGACAACUCCCGAUUUCCAAGAAAACAGUGUUGGGUGUAUCAAUUUCAACGAAUAACCAGCAUUUCGGAGGUGUUACAGCAUCGAUUUCGCGUAGAAUCUCACCGGUACUUCAAUUUAGUUUUUCACUGGCAAUGGAUACCAAAAAAUAUGUUUAUUCAAUUGGCGUUCAUCACAAAUAUCAAUCGUUUGAGAUUCCAAUUCCCAUUUACACCGAUGUACAUUGGCUGACAUCGGUACUCUUCUUUACAGUGCCAUCGGUCAUUGGCGCCGUCAUAAAGCUGCUGGUUAUCGAUCCGCUCAGUCGACGUAGCGACCAAGCUAGACUGGCGGCACGCAAGGAGAAACACGCCGAAGCCAUAGGGGAAUCGCGUAGACGUGCAGCGAUCGAUGUCCAACUGAUGAAACCAACGGUCGACAAGAAGAUUGCCAACGAGAAAUCAAAGAAUGGACUCAUCAUACAGGAAGCGGUGUACGGUGUGCUCAACGGUUCGACACCAGAUCAACAGAUCGAUGUCACCAUCGCACUCCAAUAUAUAGUGGAAGACAGCAAACUCGAGCUCUAUCCCAACAAGAAAUCAGACAUGCUUGGUUUCUACGAUCCAUGCAUCGGAGAGCACAAACAACUUCGUGUCUCUUAUUUCUUCCAAGGUAAACUCCACCAAGUGACAGUAAACGACGAAGAUUUAUUAAGAAUGCCAUUGAAAUCUCAUUUAGUGAAAUAA